UUUGAAGUCAGGAAGAUGAGUGUCUCCGGCUCCAGGCCGGCACCAGCGUUGUGUGUGUGUGCCUGGGCGCUCACCUAUGUCCACACGCCCACGUGGGCACGCCCUCCUUGGCUCUCCUGCCUUCUCCGGAGGACAUUGGGCACCAAGAGAACCACCCCUCACGCGCACAGCAGCCAUUUUCAGGCUCUUUGGGGUCCCUCGUCUGGGGAUGAGAGCCGCUUGUGCUCCCCCUUCUCCCUCCCAGGGGUCAUCUCGGAGCUGAAGGUGUCGGUGCCCUGGGGCCACAUCGCUGCCAAGGUCUGGGGCUCCCUGCAGGGCCCGCCCGUGCUCUGCCUCCACGGCUGGCUGGACAACGCCAACUCCUUCGACAGGCUCCUCCCUCUCCUUCCUCAAACCUUCCACUACGUGGCCAUGGAUCUGGGCGGCCACGGCCUCUCCUCCCAUCACCCUCUGGGCUUCCAGUACUACAAGCAAGACUACGUGAACGAAGUGCGCCGAGUGGCGGCAGCCCUCCGUUGGAAGCGCUUUUCCGUCCUGGGCCACAGCUUCGGUGGCAUCAUCGGGGGCAUGUUUUCCUACAUCUUCCCGGAGAUGGUGGACAAGCUGAUCCUGCUGGACGCCAUUCCCUUCUUCCUGGACACGAAGGAGCUAAGCAACCUUCUGACGUACAAGCGGCAGGCCAUCGAGCACGUGCUCUACACGGAGGCCCAGCAGCUGAAGCCCUCCCAGGUGCUCCCGCCCGAGGAGAUGCUGAAGAGCUUCCUGAAGAACAACUUCCAAGUGGGCAAAGAGUGUGGAAAACUCUUGCUGGAGAGAGGAACCACCAAGGUGGGCCAAGGUGUGAUGCUGAACCGAGACCGGAGGCUGGGCCUGCCAGAGAACACCUUCGAUUUCCUUAGCCCGGAGCAGGCCGUGCACUUUUGCCAGAAAAUCCAGGCCCAGAUGCUCAUCAUCAAGGCCAAAGGCGGAUACAGCUACUUCAAGGUCCAAGACCCCGAGGACAGCACGAAGCCCGAGGACAGCACGAAGCAGGUUCAAGACUUUCUAGAGAGCACCCUCAAGGAGCGCUGCCGGAUAGUCUUGGUGGAGGGCAGCCAUUACGUCCACAUGCAGGAGCCCCACAGGGUGGCCGGAAUCAUCACUCACUUCCUGGAGGACAAGGGGCCGGCCCAGGCCCAUCUGUAGCCCUGGAGCGGCGCCACCGUCUGGGGCAGGCGCGGGGACGAGUGCCCAGCCCCCCAAUGGCCUCCUGGGGCGCCUCAGCUCGACAAUAAAGCCUCCUCUUCCUGUA